AUUAAAUUGCUCUCUUUUUUCCACAAAGUGGAAUAUAAAUGUAUAUAUCUUUGUUAGACCAUUCUUCAGUCGUGCUUGGAUAUGAAUCUAUAAUUGGAGAGUAUUCCACGCCAACAUGUGUUUUGGAUUUUAAUUGAUCUUCAUCUAAAGUAUUUCUAUCAUUUGUACUAGAAAAUCAAUAUAUUGUAUCAUAUAUUUCAGAUUGUCUUUGGUUUCAAAAAUUUGUAUGUUAACUUAACUUGAAAAUGGAAGGUCGUCGUCAACGUUUACUGGUGUUCAUCUUUGGGGCUUUGGCCAUUACACAUCUUGUUCAAGCUCAGCCGCCUGAUCAACGAGGAUUCAUCAGUUUGGAUUGCGGUUUACCCGUUAAUGAGUCUCCUUAUACCGACCCACGAACCGGAUUAACAUUCUCAUCUGAUGCUGAUUUUAUUUUAAGUGGUUUACGUGGUGAAGCUGGGGAUGAUAACACAUAUAUCUACAGGCAGUACAAGGAUUUGAGAUAUUUUCCCGAUGGAAUACGAAACUGCUAUAAUCUGAAAGUAGAGCAAGGCAUCAACUAUUUGAUAAGAGCAGGGUUCGGAUAUGGAAAUUAUGAUGGUCUUAAUGUAUAUCCCAAAUUUGAUUUACAUGUUGGGCCUAACAUGUGGAUUGCGGUUGAUUUGGAAUUCGGAAAAGAUCGUGAGAUCAUUUACAUGACAACGUCGAACUUAUUGCAGAUUUGUCUUGUCAAAACAGGAUCAACUAUACCAAUGAUAUCAACCUUGGAACUACGGCCACUAAGAAAUGAUUCAUAUUUGACUCAAUUCGGUCCCUUAGACCUCAUCUACCGGCGGGCCUAUAGUAGCAAUUCUACCGGUUUUAUACGGUAUCCUGAUGAUAUUUUUGAUCGCAAAUGGGACCGAUAUAAUGAAUUUGAAACGGAUGUGAACACCACCCUCAACGUGAGAUCCUCGAGUCCCUUUCAAGUACCAGAAGCUGUAAGUAGGAUGGGAAUCACGCCCGAAAAUGCCAGCUUGCCAUUGAGAUUUUACGUGUCUCUAGAUGACGACAGUGACAAGGUUAACGUGUACUUUCACUUUGCCGAAAUCCAAGCUUUGAGGGGCAAUGAGACUAGAGAAUUCGACAUUGAAUUGGAAGAAGAUAUUAUUCAGUCAGCAUAUAGUCCUACGAUGUUACAAUCAGAUACCAAAUAUAACCUAUCACCUCACAAAUGUAGCUCCGGGUUGUGCUACUUGAAACUCGUUAGAACUCCAAGGUCAACUCUUCCACCGCUGAUUAGUGCUAUUGAGGCUUUCAAGGUUGUGGACUUUCCAUACGCUGAAACAAAUCCAAAUGACGUCGCUGCUAUGAAGGAUAUCGAAGCAUUUUAUGGAUUGAAGAUGAUUAGUUGGCAAGGAGAUCCUUGUGUCCCUGAACUAUUAAAGUGGGAAGAUCUAAAAUGCAGCUACACAAAUAAGUCUACUCCUCCAAGAAUUAUUUCUUUAGAUUUGUCAUCACGAGGGUUAAAAGGGGUCAUUGCGCCUGCCUUCCAAAAUUUGACCGAGCUUCGAAAACUAGACUUGUCAAAUAAUAGUUUUACUGGAGGAGUGCCCGAGUUUCUAGCCAGCAUGAAGUCAUUAUCGAUCAUAAAUUUAAAUUGGAAUGACCUUACGGGUCCUCUUCCUAAAUUGCUUCUUGAUAGAGAAAAGAAUGGGCUUAAGCUAACGAUCCAAGGAAACCCAAAGUUGUGUAACGAUGCGUCAUGCAAAAAUAAUAACAAUCAAACGUACAUUGUACCAGUUGUUGCGUCAGUAGCUUCUGUGCUCAUCAUUAUAGCCGUACUGAUUCUCAUUCUUGUUUUCAAAAAGAGAAGGCCAACGCAAGUUGAUUCAUUACCUACAGUGCAACAUGGGUUACCAAAUAGACCGUCUAUAUUUACUCAAACGAAAAGGUUCACUUAUUCAGAGGUAGAAGCAUUAACAGAUAAUUUUGAAAGAGUUCUUGGAGAAGGAGGGUUUGGGGUAGUGUAUCAUGGUAUUUUAAAUGGUACGCAACCAAUAGCUGUUAAACUACUCUCUCAAUCAUCAGUACAAGGCUAUAAGGAAUUCAAAGCUGAGGUUGAACUUCUUUUGAGAGUGCACCACGUCAAUUUGGUUAGUUUGGUUGGAUAUUGUGAUGAAGAAAGCAACUUGGCCCUGCUUUAUGAGUAUGCACCGAACGGAGACUUAAAACAACAUCUAUCAGGAGAACGGGGUGGCUCUCCAUUGAAGUGGUCAAGUAGACUAAAAAUUGUCGUCGAAACUGCGCAAGGAUUAGAAUACUUGCAUACGGGUUGCAAACCUCCAAUGGUACAUCGUGAUGUAAAAACAACAAAUAUACUUUUAGACGAACACUUCCAAGCAAAACUCGCCGAUUUUGGCCUUUCAAGAUCAUUUCCAGUUGGAGGUGAAACUCAUGUUUCAACAGCUGUUGCUGGAACUCCUGGAUAUUUGGAUCCCGAAUAUUAUCGAACAAAUAGGUUGAACGAAAAGAGUGAUGUAUAUAGCUUUGGGAUUGUAUUAUUGGAGAUCAUCACAAGUCGACCUGUGAUUCAGCAAACCCGAGAGAAGCCGCACAUAGCAGCAUGGGUGGGAUACAUGCUUACUAAGGGAGAUAUUGAGAACGUUGUGGAUCCAAGACUCAAUAGAGAUUAUGAGCCUACUUCUGUUUGGAAGGCUCUUGAGAUAGCAAUGUCUUGCGUGAAUCCUUCUUCGGAGAAAAGACCAACCAUGUCUCAAGUUACUAAUGAACUAAAGCAAUGUCUAACAUUAGAAAACUCAAAGCGAGGAGUGAGAGAAGACAUGGGAUCAAGAAGUUCUGUUGAAAUGAGCACAAGCUUUACAACCGAAAUUAACCCAAAAGCACGAUAACUUGUGCCAAAAAAAAUCCCAUGGUUAUUAAGGAUUUUGGAUUUCCCUGACUUACUUUACAAAAAUAUAAUUUUUGGUGGUCAUUUAUUUGUACGACUUCAUUGUAUUUACUUGUGAUUGUGGUCGUAUGUGAUAUUAGUGUGGAUGUUUUGUUUGGUUUGGUUUGGUUUGGUUUUAUGUUGGUUGUGGCCUUGUGUGUGUUUUGGCGGUGAUCCAUCAUAAAUGAUUCUUUUGCAAAUCUCUGAUGAUUUUUUUCAUCGGAUUAUGGUAUUUUUAUUGUUUAUAUAUGCUCACUGAUCCAAAAUAUGUUGUCAUUGUUUAUGUUACAUGCUUCCCUAAC